GGCACUGCUCACCGCGAAGUGCAGAAGCGCGCGUCAACCAUGUCAUCCUUGCCGGCGGACGACGAUGGCAGCGUCCUGCCAAGUGCACGGACUCCCACCACGGUGGUCGACGGCGACGUCGUCUUCUCCUGUGUCGCCCUCCUCUUCCUCGCCCUUGUCCUCGUCUUCGUUCUCUACCACUACUUCAUAGUCCAUCGCCCCGUCGGCGUCCGGGUAGCCGCGGGGACGGCGUCGAGUGGUCCGCGCCUCGGCGCUGGCGUCGCAGCUUCUGCUCCCGGCGCCGUCGGCCGAAAAGGAGUUGAUCCGGUGGCGCUGCGUGCUCUGCCCGUGACGUUGUACCGCGCCAAGGACUUCGCGGAGGAGGAGCUGGAGUGCGCCGUGUGCCUCGCCGAUCUGUCGGACGGCGAGGCGGCCAGGUUCCUGCCCAAGUGCGGCCACGGCUUCCACGCCGAGUGCGUCGACCUGUGGCUGCGCUCCCACCCCACCUGCCCGCUCUGCCGCGUCGACGUCGACAAGCCCGACGCCUUGCCGCCGGCUCUGCCUCCAGUGCGGCCUGAACGAGCCAACUACGGUACGAACCUGCCGACCAACGUGCUCUUCUGGGGAUCCCAGGACGCGGUCACGACUCGAGGAACCGCCGGCGGUCCAAGGUCGUCCGGUGGGGUGACAACGAUCGUCAUCGAUGUCCCGGAGACGACGUCAUCAGCCGUGGUGCCGCGUGAUGGUGAUGCGGCCAAGUCGCAGGGUUUGGCGAGGUUGAGGUCGAUCGGGAGGCUGUGGAGCAGCAGAGGGAGGUGUGAGGUGGGCGCUAGUAGCAGUGCUGGUUCUUGCCACAGAGUCACUGCUGGUGCUCGCACUGAAGACUCAAGCUAG